AUGAUUGCGUCUGCUGACGGAGGUGUUGGUAAAAGUAAAGUACCGCAAACAGAUGAAGCUGAAGGUGGAAACUUAGAUGAUCAAAAUAUUGACAGAAGUUUGGAUAAUAAUGAAGGAAUAUCAUAUCCCGAGGUCUAUAAUCCAGUAAAUGAACAUGUGGAUGUUAUGGAGAAUGGUAAUGAUGAAUUUUAUGGCAAGAAACUUGGAUUUUGGGGCAGAUUUAGGAAGGCAUACCCCAACAUAGGGCUUACAGUUUUGUCGAUACUAAGUUGGUACUUUUUUUCUUUAAGCAUAUCGUUAUACAACAAGUGGAUGUUUUCAAAAAACAACCUAGAUUUUGCGUAUCCAAUAAUAAUAACAUCUUUUCAUCAGGCCAUUCUUUUCGGUUUGUCUUUACUCACUUUACGCAUUUUCCCAAGGUUUAGACUCAAUUAUGAUUUGAAAUCACCUUCAGGCAAAGCAAACGGGUACGAGCAACUUCAAACGAAUAAUUCCGCACAAGGUGAAGCCGAUGAAACGUAUCAGUUGCAAACAGAAGAAGAAUCAGGGCGGCAGAAAAUCAACAAUGAUGUGGAUUUAGAGGAAGAUGCGAAACCCGGAAAAAAUCGAAAGUUAUGUUAUAUUCCACCAAUUGCUGAAUAUUUAACAAAAAUUCUCCCGUGCUCGUUGGCAUCGGCCGGUGACAUUGGAUUUGGAAAUGUUGCAUUUCGCUUUAUUACGCUUUCCUUGUACACUAUGGUGAAAACAUCGUCACUUGUCUUUGUGCUACUAUGGGGUGUCGCAUUCAAGUUGGAAAAAAUGACAUGUAAGAUUUUGACCAUCGUUAUUAUAAUGGUGUCUGGUGUUUGCAUGAUGGUCUGGGGUCAGCAGGAUGAUUCCAGCAACUCAAAAAAAGUUUUAAGGAUUGUUCUCAAGCGAUUUAUAGAGGUCUUUGAAAGAGAAUCGUCGGAAAACGGCAAGAAAUACGUCAUAUUAGGAGUCGGGUUAGUUCUUCUGGCCUCGUGUAUGUCUGGACUUCGAUGGGCACUUACACAAAUAAUGCUUAAGCGAAGUAGGAGAACGCGAAACCCGGUUCUCACCAUGUUGUAUCUUUCACCAGCAAUGUCACUAGUGCUAUUCAUAAUUGGUUCUGCUGUUGAAGGAUUUGGUAAUUUUGUCAAUUGUCACGUUUGGAAAGAUAAAGGAUUCUUCAUGACUUGCAUACUUAUUCUUAUUCCCGGUCUAUUAGCAUUUUUUAUGACACUCUCCGAGUAUAUUCUCUUGCAAUGUGCUACAUUGCUGACACUUUCCAUUACUGGCAUAUUCAAAGAACUUCUCACAAUAUUUGCAUCAGGUUUGGUUUUCGGCGAUAAAUUGAACACUAUAAAUAUUAUUGGCCUUGUGGUAACAUUUACUGAUAUCGUAUGCUACAAUGUGUACCGUUUUCAACAGAAUACAGAGGCCCAGAAAACUGAAGAUCCAUCUUUAAAGGCCAGAAUGCGUGCAACCUCACAUGAAUUUGUUGAUAUCGAGCUUAGUAGUAUAAUUAUUGAUGAUGAUGAUGAUGAUGAUGAUGAUGAUGAUGAUGAUGACAAUGAAGAUGGGCAUUCACUUAAUAACGGUGAAAACCAUCGAAGGAUCGAGUCUUAG